GUCACUGAUCCUUUUCCUGUUAGGUUUGGUUUGCAUGUGCUACUCUCAUAGUAUCAUGGCUCACCUGUUUCAGCUUCACCAGACACUACCAGCUUUUAUUAUUCUCACCCUCCUAAUUAUUUACAAAAUAACAGCUAGCCACUGUAAACCAAUCUGUCCUCACUCUCAUGUUUUAUAUAUAUACCACUACACUGCCAUUAAUACACACAAACCCUAAAAAAUUCUACCAAAAAUGGUCUCGCCGGAAGCUCCUCCAGCCACCACCAGUGCCCGGAUUUCGUUCUCCGCUGAGUUCCUUGACGAUGCGAAUUUCAUCUGCAUUAACCCGCAUGACAAAGACAAAGAGAAGGAGAAAGCAAAAACCGGAGAGUUCGAGUUUUUAUCGAACAACUUAGCCGCUCCGACGACAAUGUUGACAGCCGAUGAACUAUUCUUCGAAGGGAAGCUACUACCGUUUCGGCAAAAGCAAUGUUUGGAAAAGCUGGCGAAAAUCAGCUUGAAAGCCGAAAAUGUUAAUGAGAUUUCGAAAGCCAAAGAGGUAAAAAUCGAAGAGACGAAUAGGAUGAGUUGGUUUAUUGAUGAAGAUCCGUCUCCUAGACCGCCGAAAUGUACGGUUUUAUGGAAGGAGUUAUUGAGGUUGAAGAAGCAGAAAGCAUCUUCGCUCUCGCCGUCUUCUUCAACCUCUUCUUCUUCAUCUGCUUCUUCGUUUGAUGAAGAGUCAAACAAAAAGGAGAAGCAGAUGAAGAGAAGUAAAAAGGGUCUGGAAAGGACCCGAUCGUCCGGAAUAAAGAUCCGACCGAUGGUAAAUCUGCCAGUUUACACUCAUGGUGGAAGGAGCAACUCUCUGCCACCUCUUUUCACCUUUAGGAAAGGAAUGUUAGACACAGGUAAGGCUUAGGUACUUGGUGCUUCAAUUUUCUGUUUGAUUAAAUUUACUGUUGGAUUUUAAUUUUGUUCAGUUACGUUGUUAAGUAAAUGGUGUAUUUUAGUGCAUAUUAUUUCUACUGUAAAUGCGAGAUUACAUUGUUGUUGAAUGCAUUUGUUUUUAUUA